UCGUGGUGGUGGUUGUCUACCUCCAUCUGCUCCUGCUCCUCCGUCUCCAUCUACUCCUCCUCGUCCUCCACCACCGCCGGCCUCCCUGGUGGUGGUGGUGAGCUGCGGGCGGGCCGAAUCCCCACCACCGCUGCCGGAGCACCGUGGCCUGCCUCCGGCAGGUCCAGCCCGGUAGCCAUGGGUGGUUCGGGUCUUGAGCGCCUUAGCUCCCUCAGCUUGUCCAGCGUCUUGCGCCGCUGGAGGCCAGCCAGAAGACGCCGCUUCUGCCACGGACCCAGGUCACGGUGGGACUCUUGGAGGUGCUGAGGUGCACGGCGGCCGUCGUAACGGCAGCCCUGCACCGGACACGGCAUCCCCUUCACAUUCACCCGCCCCCUGGCAAAUGCCAGGAGGAUACGAUGUUCCACCGGGUUCCUCACUUUGUGCUUGUCGUCCAGGUGUUCCCGCAGCCGCCACGAUCUGCGGGUGCACACUGGACAUCGGUUGACGAACUUUGAAGCGGUCGUGCUACUCACCGUGCUGCAAAACUCCAACUGAGGCUGGCAGGCACGUGCCUCUGGCCAAGUAGCCGGUGUCCUAAUCAGGCGUGAUGCAGCACACCUGCGGCUAAUCGGACCGCAGCACACCUGCGGCCGAACGGGGCGCAGAGUCCGCCCCAAGAGCCGGCCCGGAUCCAGGGACUGGAUCCUAGGUCCCGUCCAGCAGGCAGCCCCGCAUCUGCGGCGGCGCCUUCCCCCCCGUCCGCAUCCGCGGUCGCCCAGCCGCAGGUGCGGCGGCCUUCUUUGGACGCUAAGUGGGGAAAGUAGAUAGGGCAUGCAGAUAUCAGCAAACUAAGAAUUCCCUAUGCCAAAAAAUGCAUCCCCCUCCUGAAUUUUAGAAAUGAAGAGUUAAUAGGGAUUUCACCAUUUCCACAUAAUCACACUUGUUCUCUGAGCUACGGGUAUAAUUUUCAUACCAAUAGGACAAUUGACAGGAGAUGCAGACAUGGGCAGGCUCAGAAAUUAAAAUGCAUCCCCUCUAAAAUUAAUAGACAAGACAGUUAAGGGUGAUAUAAAAUGUUCUACAUAAUGGACGAAGGAAUUAAUUUUUUGUUAAAGGGGAGGCUAAAAACACCCCAUGACUGAUUCAAAUCAAGAAUGUUAAAGUACGGGGGAGGAUGACUAUUGUUGCACACUCGAUUCAUAAAUCCGUGGCUGCUGUGAUUUACUGAGUUUACGUUCCUCACUUAGCUGUCUCGACUGAGAUAAUCACAUCUCCGUCAUUAAUACAGCAAUGUACAAUUUGUCUUAUGAAACUUUACAACUUAAUGUAACAAUCAUACAACGCCUGUUGGUAACUUUUUACUACUUCUGCUUACCUGAAAAUACAAGCAACAAUCAUAAAUCCGACGUGCGUCACACUAUGGUUGCUAUGAUCUACUGAGUUUUAUCUUCUUCAACGCAGACAUCUUAGGACCCCAGGCUGCCCCAAACGCCUGUUAAAAACUCAUCCCUUUCUAAACUAAUUUCACUCUCAGCCAGAAUAGUUACCAACUUAUAUGACUGUACAGCUUAAUGGACUAUGAAACACAGUGCUUCAAAAAUAACAAAACAAAAUUUUCAGAGGAAAGAGAAUAGAAUCAUAUUUUAUGGAAGGGUGGGGUUCCUUGAUCUAAAGUCCCCAGCAACUGGUCCCCCACACUAUGACCAAAACAUUGAUGUUUUGGUGAAAGUGCACGGAAAGGACUCGUGGUCGGGACAUCCAUCCAUACAAAGAGCAGCGCUGAAACGGACGGACGGCUCUUCCUCUCCCUCCUCCCGCAAACGCCCGGAUGAGAGCAGUAGCAGCAGGCGACAUUCAGUGGUCGCUUGAUUUGGCCGAGUCGAGAGGGUAAUCGACCCGGACCGGACGGGAGCGACAGAACCGUCAGCCACUGCUGGAAUCUCGGCAUUUUCGACGCAGCCCACGUAGACGCUGUUCUGGGGAAAUACACGCAGAAGACAGACAGGCGUGGAGAAGUAGGAGGCGGAUAGGGAACGGUGGCACAUUUCUCCGCUUGCGGUGUCCUAUUUCGUUGGUGAAAGAGCAAGCACACAGGCUACCUCACAGUACGCUAUGGAAUGCUUCCUGCUCCCAGCAUCAAAUAAAGUCUCCAAUAUUUGGACUGAGCUCCAAACACUUAGUUAGCAACUGUGUUUCUCCCCUCGAACUUUUUCCAAACCAGGGGACGAAGAAAAGGAGUGGACUUACCAAGUCCUCCGCUGAAGACGAAAAGCACCUUCUUCCUUUUAGAAUAAUUUACCUGCUUUUUUUUUCUUCUGCUUGGAUUUGUGCUCUAAUAAAAUCAUAUCAAGAUGGAAUUGGAAUCGUAUCUGUGGAUGGUGAUAGUUGGCUUCAUCAUCGCCUUCAUUUUGGCCUUCUCCGUCGGGGCCAACGAUGUGGCUAACUCAUUCGGCACAGCGGUGGGGUCCGGCGUAGUCACUCUGAAGCAGGCCUGCAUCCUGGCGUCCAUCUUUGAGACGCUGGGCUCGAUGCUGCUUGGGGCCAAAGUGGGAGAGACCAUUCGAAAGGGCAUCAUAGACGUCAGCCUCUAUAACGACACGGUGCCCAUCCUAAUGGCGGGGGAGGUCAGCGCCAUGGUCGGGUCAGCUGUCUGGCAACUCAUCGCCUCCUUCCUCAAACUGCCCAUCUCUGGGACUCACUGCAUUGUUGGAGCGACCAUCGGCUUCUCCAUGGUGGCCAUCGGCACAAAGGGCGUGCAGUGGAUGCAGCUGGUCAAAAUCGUGUCUUCUUGGUUCAUCUCACCCUUGCUCUCUGGACUCAUGUCUGGACUCCUCUUCAUGCUCAUCAGGCACUUCAUCCUCAAUAAGGAUGAUUCUGUCCCAAAUGGUCUGCGUGCGCUGCCUGUCUUCUAUGCCUCCACCAUCGGGAUUAACACUUUUUCUAUCAUGUACACUGGAGCCCCAUUGCUUGGACUAGAGAUGCUACCAGUGUGGGCCAUCUUCCUCAUCACAUUAGCCGGGUCGCUGGUCUGUGCAGCUUUGGUCUGGAUAUUCGUCUGUCCUUGGAUGAGAAGAAAAAUAGCAAGUCGCCUAAAGAAGGAGCAGGCUCUGUCCAGGAUAUCUGAUGAAAGUCUGGACAAAAUCCCUGAAGAAGAAGAAGAGAGCCCCGUCUUCAAGGAGCUGCCUGGGGCAAAAGGCACAGACGAGGCCGUGGUGCCGCUCACAGGGGGCAGCAGUGACAGGAGCACCCGGGAAUCCAGCGGAGAGCUCUCCAACAUGGCCAAUGGAGGCACCGUCCUGCCCAACGGCAGGGUGUACGGUCGAACCCACUCUAUGACCAACGGCUGCCUCAAGUCACCCAUCGCUAACGGCAGCUUCACCUUCGAUGGCCACAUGCGUAGCGACGGCCAGGUUUACCACACGGUCCACAAGGACUCCGGCCUCUACAAAGACUUGCUGCACAAAAUCCACCUGGGCCGCAUGGAUGAUGGCGACCGGUCCGGCGCACAACAGCCUGACAACAAUUACCGCCUGCUGCGCCGCAACAACAGCUACACCUGCUACACAGCUGCGAUAUGCGGCAUGCCCGUCCAGCCUGUCAGGCGCUCCGAGUCCCGUGACGACAGCGAGAAGCUGGUGGGAGAGGGCGGCGGCAGGAGCAACAGCGUAUCCUACUCCAAAAAGCGGAUACGUUACGACAGCUACUCGUCGUACUGCAACGCCGUGGCUGAGGCUGAGAUCGAAGCAGACGAGGGAGGAGUGGAGCUGAAGCUGGCCACAGAGCUGGAGGGGGUGGACGAAGAAGGAGCUCCAGCGCCGGUGCCUCUUGAUGACUUGGUAGAGGAAGAGCAUGAGGAGAAGGACAAGUCCGAGGUGUUUCUGCUUUUCCACUUCCUGCAGAUCCUCACCGCCUGCUUUGGCUCUUUUGCCCAUGGAGGCAAUGAUGUCAGUAAUGCCAUUGGGCCCCUGGUGGCGCUGUGGAUGAUUUAUGAUCAGGGUGGAGUCAUGCAGGAUGCUGCCACUCCGAUCUGGCUGCUGUUUUAUGGCGGUGUGGGCAUCUGUGCCGGCCUGUGGGUGUGGGGUCGGCGCGUCAUCCAGACCAUGGGGAAGGACCUGACUCCCAUCACCCCUUCAAGCGGAUUUUGCAUUGAAGUAAUGAGUGCGCUAACAGUGCUUGUUGCAUCAAAUGUGGGCAUCCCAAUAAGCUCCACCCACUGCAAGGUGGGCUCGGUGGUAGCCGUGGGCUGGAUCCGCUCCCAGAGGGCCGUGGACUGGCACCUCUUCAGGAACAUCUUCCUGGCCUGGUUCGUCACUGUGCCGGUGGCAGGCCUGUUCAGCGCCGCCGUCAUGGCCCUGUUCGUCUACGGCAUCCUGCCCUUCGUCUGAGGGGGGAAGUGGCCCGGAGGGCGAGCGGUGGAGAAUGAAAGAGGGGAGUCAGAGAAGGGGGAACUUGGAAGGAAAUUGUAGCUUGGGUGUUGUUGAGGGAAGGCGAGCUGGAACUGCAGUGAGUGAAGUGAAGGAGAAGAGUUUGAGGAAGCUGCAGAGGUUUACAAAUGGACUUUGGUUGUACUGUGAGGGAUGUGAGGAGGGUUGGUUCCCACGCUGCCUGGCUCUGUCGUCCGGAAAUCCUCUCAACUCAUUUGAGUUUCAAUCAGUUCAUAUUUAUUCUCUUUUUGGGGGGAAAUGCAUCAUUCAGUCUGCUGUAAAUAAAAAAAAAUAGGAAAUUUACCUUUUAAUUAAAAAAGAAAUUAAGAAUUAAAAAAAAAAAGUAACCAUACCAGUGAGCACAUAUCUGAUAUCCGAACAAGGAAAAAAAAGUGUA